AUGACAGACAUAUUACGGUGCCCAAGCUGCAAUAUGACCUUCAAGUCUUUAUUAUUACUGCAAAAGCACAGAGAGAAGUUCUGUAUCGGUGGAGACAUAGGCAGAGUAAGAAAAACACAGACACCGCAGGACAUGGUCAACCGGCUAAAAAACUCUGCACAGAAUAAAGAUGACCAACUGAAGACCAAUGGAACAGAUAAUGAAACACAUCUACGCUAUCUCGCUGAGGCGCACAGCAAGCAAAUCAGUGAAAUUAUGUCACAGAACAGGCUGUUGGAAAAACAAAGAGACGAUAUCGUGCAAAGGCUAAAUGAAAUAACAGCUGGAAACAGGAAUACAGGCUACUUAGAAAAAAUGAUAAGGCAUUUGAAUGCUCAAGAGCAAAAGAAUGAACUACUUUUAACUUCUAUGAAGCAACAAAUCGACAUGCUGCAGGCUGAAGCACUAAAACGAGGUAUUUCAUCAAGGCACAGUGAAUCUCCAGCUUCUCGGAAAUUAGAAAGAGCUUUUCAAAAGCCAUUUGUUCAAAUUUAUGGAGGCGGAAGCUUGACUUCUGAAAUCAGUGCCUUACGCAUGACUUACCUGCAGAAUGGAGGAAAUGAUCAAAUGAUCUUGGCAAAUUUACAGGAUCUUCUUACCGAGGCACAGCUCAUAGAACAAAGAGAAAAACGUGCACGCUCCAUUCAGAAGAAGAAAAACAAAAAAGUAUACGCAAGUACAAAAUUGGACUUGAAUGAGAAAUUAAUAACUCUUGAAAUGGAAAAUCAGCACUUAGAAGAUGAGCUCUUCAAACUUCAGCUUCAAAGGCAAAGAAACAGCAGGAUUCCAAGAACAACCAAUGGAGAAGUUGAGAGGACCCUUCAACUCCCUAGGUUUAUGAAAGAACGGACUCAACAAAAUGUAAAAACCUUAAAUGCAGAAUUAGAAGUGUUAAAGCAAGAACUGGAAAUUCAGAAGCUAAAGCGUCGUAUUAAAACAUCAGUUACUCAGCGAGCCAAACCCCAGCAGGAUAUACUUCAUCCAAUGGAAAUGAACAAACCUGACACCCCAAAUCUUGGCAGACAUUUUUUAAAUCUCAGACAUGGACUAGAGCCUGCACCAUACGAUCCAAUUUCUGGCUUUGUUGUCUUUUAUGACUAUCUUCUUGGACUUGAUUCAUCGUACCGAGUAUGCAGACUAGCUGUCAGUUUAUGCAGUGCGGGGCAGGAGAUUGGAAAUCCUUCUUACCUUCCACCAGUGUAUUGCGAUACUUCCCUAUCAAAGUUCUAUGACAGCAAAAAACAGAAUAUAGCAAUGCUAUCUACAAAACAAGCUGUUCCCAGAGUACGGCCUUCUUCAAACAUAUCGCUAAUAAUCGAAUUGCAAGCAUCCGGUGGAUAUGAUCCUUAUGGGCAAGAAGUCAACCGCCUAAUUCCUCGAGGAUGGGUAAAGGUGGACGUUUUUGACUACCAGAACCGAGUCAUAAGUGGAUUGUGGAAAGUUCCAGUUCGAAUCCUUCCUGUUAAGCCAUUACUGACAACAGGGGCUUUAAAUGGAGUACCACAGUUAGAAAAUGCAGAACUGUUUAUUCGACUUGUGAAUGCAAGGGAUGCAGAUACACAGAGCACUUACCCAAUUGAUAUCAGUAGUUCGGUAUACUAUAAAUACCCCCCUCUGACUGCAGCAUAUUCCCAUCCAGAAGAACUUGUCCUUCCAUCUCCCUAUUAUUCACCCCCUUACGCUUUCCCAAGUGUGCAGCCUAUGUAUGAAGACAAUGUGGAUUCUCCCCCUUCAAGAGAUAAUAUGAUGACACAAUGACGCUAAAAUCUGAGUUUAUGAUCAUCACUGA